UUGGAUGUGCCGAUCAAUUCCAGAUACUUCUUUUUCUACUUUGAGGUUUGCAUUACACUGCUGCCUUCAUUUCGUUCCAUACAUGCGGCGAUACUACCGUCUCCGGUGCUCGGUUUCCAUUCACUGGAAGAAAAUGUGAACGCGGCCUUCUUACCGAUCGACAUAAAAGCGUCUACUGUAUGCAAGCCGCUGUGGGAUGACGGCGAGUUUGGCCUUGGUCUGCGUCGAAAAGAAGCAGGACCUUGGCAAACCAGACGUCAAUUCGACGAUCGGCUAAUUGCUGUCGCCACACAAAUAGUACUUAACAAUACUUCUCCGGAGGACGCUUAUCUAGAGCUGCGUUUCGACCAUGCUCUUCUGUAUAAAGUUAGACCUGGCUAUAAUCACAUGUUCGGUUGCGUCCGUGGAGAACAGAGCGGAUGGCAAUUCAUCGCCUAUUUGCACCACACACGAUGGCCGUACUUUCUGGGUUGCCGACAAAAUUGGCGAUUCAGCGAAACGCAUCUCAUCCAGUGUUUUGACGCCAACAAUACGAAACCAAUGCGGAGACACCGUGAGAUGCGCGAACAUCGACGUACACCAAGAAUAUUUAAUUGA